AGAAGAUAACAUUCCCAUUUUGCCCUUUCUCUCUCGCAAGUUCUCUUCUUCGCUUCAUCAUCGCCAUCAUCAUCUUCUCCAACGCCAAUCGGAAGAUUUCUAGGGUUUCGAUCGCAUGGACACGCGGAUCUCCGUCGAAGACGACGACCUACUCCCUCCAUUGGACUCCUCUGAGCAGCACCACCCCCAGCACCGCCGCGCAGUUUUGUCCUACAGCCAGCCUCUCUCUCCUGUCCGCCCCCCCGCCGCCGCUCGCCGGAAUCACAGCCUCGACGAUGACCCCCUCUUCACUGACCAUUCCUUCAAUCCCUUCUCCAGCAACCCCCAACUCCCUUCUCCUCUCGCUCCUCCUCACCUUUAUUCCAGCCCCUCCCUCACCCUCGACCGGGCCAUCUCGGAAUCUGGAGGUGGGCUUGGCGUCCUUCCUGAAUUCAUUGGCAGAGGCGGCGGCACUGGCAUCUUCAAAGUCCCCACCCGCGCUGCCAUCCACCCCGGCCGCCCUCCCUCGCUUGAGCUCCGCCCCCACCCACUUCGCGAGACUCAGGCCAAUUCUUUCAUCCGGACUAUUGCGUCGGCCGCUGGAUCCCAGCUCUGGGCGGGGCUUGAGGACGGUGUCCGGUACUGGGACUUGAAGGAUGUGUUUGAGGGGUGGGGUGGUGAGGUUUUACCUUGCAAGGUCAGGAGGGGGGAUGAAGAGAGCGCGCCUUUCCGGGAGUCUUGUGAGACGCCUCCUACUCUUUGUCUUGUUUCUGAUGCUGCUAGUGGGUUGGUUUGGACCGGGCACAAGGAUGGCAAGAUCCGGUCUUGGAGGAUUGAGGAGAAAAUCCCUGGAGGUGCUAAGGAUUUCUGUCCUUUUAGAGAAGGCCUCUCCUGGCAGGCACACCGUGGCCCUGUUCUAUCCAUUGUUAUCACCUCCUAUGGUGAUCUGUGGUCAGGAUCAGAAAAUGGAACUAUAAAGGUCUGGCCAUGGGAAUCCAUUGAAAAAGCUCUUUCUCUACCAAAAGAAGAACGGCAUAUGGCUACUUUAGUAGUGGAAAGGUCAUAUGCUGACCUUAGGAAUCAGGUCACUGUUGGUGGUGUCUGUAACUUGCCUGCUAUAGAUGUGAGGUUCUUGUUGUCUGAUAAUUCUAGAUCUAAGGUAUGGAGUGGUGGUCACCUCUCCUUUGCCCUAUGGGAUUCUCGAAGUAAGGAACUUCUGAAAGUGUUUGGCAUAGAUGGCCAAAUUGAGAAUAGGGUUGAAGCCUCAGUAAUGCAGGAUUUGUAUUCAGACGAUGAAAUGAAAUUGAAGAUUAUUUCGUCAUCAAAGAAAGAAAAGGCCCAAGGUGCUCUUGGCUUUUUCCAACGCUCACGUAAUGCCUUGAUGGGAGCAGCGGAUGCUGUUCGGAGAGUUGCAGUCAAGGGAGCAUUUGGAGAUAGGAGAGCUGAAGCCAUGACCAUCUCGAUGGAUGGAACAAUCUGGAUGGGCUGCACAAAUGGCUCAGUUGUCCAGUGGGAUGGAAAUGGGACUCGGCUGCAGGAGUUUCAACAUCAUUCUUCUCCUAUCCUUUGUCUUUGUGCUUUUGGGACACGGUUGUGGGUUGGUUACCUUAAUGGCAGUGUCCAGGUGUUGGAUCUUGAAGGAAAUUUAGUUGGAACAUGGGUUGCACAUAGCAGUCCAAUUAUAAAAAUGGCAGCUGCAGGUUCUUAUAUUUUCACAUUAGCUAGCCAUGGUGGUAUCCGGGGAUGGAACCUAACUUCACCAGGCCCUCUUGAUGGUAUCUUGCGAGCAGAGUUGUCCAGCAAAGAAUCAUCAUACACAAAUCUAGAAAAUCUUAAGAUAUUGGCUGGCACUUGGAAUGUAGGUCAAGAAAGAGCAUCUCAUGAUUCACUUAUAUCUUGGUUGGGAUCCAAUGCAUCAGAAGUUGAAUUGGUCAUUGUUGGUUUGCAAGAAGUGGAAAUGGGUGCUGGCGUUCUUGCAAUGGCUGCGGCAAAAGAAACUGUAGGUCUAGAGGGCAGUGCUAAUGGACUUUGGUGGUUGAGUGCAAUAGACAAGACUUUAGAUGAGGGAUCCUCUUUUGUGCGCAUUGGGUCCAGACAGCUGGCAGGGUUACUUAUUGCUGCAUGGGCUAGAAAGAAACUUAGCCCAUAUAUCGGUGAUGUUGAUGCUGCAGCAGUCCCUUGUGGGUUUGGGCGAGCAAUUGGCAACAAGGGUGCUGUGGGCUUGAGGAUGAGAGUGUAUGACCGCGUAAUGUGCUUUGUGAACUGCCAUUUUGCUGCUCACCUGGAAGCUGUUGGUCGAAGGAAUGCUGACUUCGAUCACGUAUAUCGAACAAUGACAUUCAGCCGACCAUCAGGUUCAUCCUCUGCUGCUCCAUUACAGCAAGGAGCAAAUGCCACUGGGUUCCAGUCCAGUGAUGGGAGACCUGAGUUGGCAGAAGCAGACAUGGUUGUAUUUCUUGGUGAUUUUAAUUAUCGGCUUCAUGGUAUUACUUAUGAUGAAGCCAGGGACUUUGUGUCUCAAAGAUGUUUUGACUGGCUCAGAGAAAAGGAUCAGCUCCGUGCAGAAAUGAAAGCAGGCAAAGUCUUUCAAGGAAUGCGUGAAGGACAGAUAAAAUUCCCCCCUACAUACAAAUUUGAAAGGAAUCAAGCAGGUCUUUCAGGAUAUGAUUCCAGCGAGAAGAAACGAAUUCCUGCUUGGUGUGAUAGAAUCCUGUACCGUGACAGCCGAUCAUUCUCAGUAGCUGAAUGUUCACUAGAGUGCUCUGUUGUUUGUUCAAUCUCACAGUAUGAUGCAUGCAUGGAUGUGACAGAUAGUGAUCACAAACCUGUAAGAUGCAUAUUCCACGUGAAAAUUGCUCAUGCGGAUGAGUUGAUUAGAAGGAGAGAGUUUGGAGAAAUAAUUUUUAGGAAUAAAAAAGUAAGAUUUUUGCUUGAAAGACUAUGCAGCGUGCCUGAUGUUUGUGAGUACGAACAACAUCAUUCUGCAAAACCAAGACUCUUCCAUCCUUCGGAUCACAAUAAAUCUGACAAGUACAAAGCAGUGUUUGAAAUCCUAUGUGAAGGGCAGUUUACCACCAUGGAGGAUGGACAAACAUCAAAACCACUUGUGAGAGGCUCUUUUGGCUUUCCUCAUUGGUUACAGAUUCUUCCAGCUACUGGUAUAAUAAAGCCUAGUCAAAUGGUGGAAGUUUCCGUUUGUCAUGAGGAUUUCUUCACAAAGGAGGAGUUUUUAGAUGGAAUUGCUCAAAAUUGGUGGUGCGAAGAUACAAGGGACAAGGAAGCCAUAUUACUAGUGAAAAUUACCGGUUGUUGCUCAACUGACGCCAAAACGCAUCGGGUCCGUGUGCGCCACUGCUUAUUAACCUCAGCCUCCAGUACAACAAAAGGGGAUUCCGAAGGCACAGGCACCCAAUCAAAUCUCCUCCACAGGGCCGACUUUGUACACUUAAGCAGCACGGCCGAUGUGGUUCAUGACUUGAGCCACUUGCAAUGUUCUUGAAGUAAAAUACGUUAGGCCGGAAAUAUUUCCCUUUUCAUAUACAAGUCGAGGAGAAGCCGGAGUGUUUAAUUUCUUUCUUCUCCAGAGUACAGAAUAUGCUAAACCUUGAACUUUCUUAUGUACAUACACCGUCACAUGUAUGGCCGGUUUAUAUAUGUCCCUAGAAAGAAAGAAAAGAAAGGUGCCGGAAUUUGCACAAAUUUUUCUCAUUAUUCAUUUUACUGUUGAUUCUUUAGUAAGUUGGUGUUGAUCUAGUAAUUGUAAUAUGGUGUUUGUUUGAGUUUGUUGAAGAACAUGCAUGAGUGGUGUUUUCAUGUAAUUGCUUGUAAAGUCAGCAAAGUUUUAAAGAGUCUUUUGUUUAUAUCUUUUGAGGAUUUU